AUGGAUUCCAGACCAACAUUAUUUACCAAGGCGACCAUCAUCACAGUAAACCCGGAGCGAACAAUCUGGCUGGACGGAGCCAUCUUGAUCGAUGGGAACCGAAUAGCUGCGAUCGGGAAAACAGCUUCACUACUAGAGGACCCUCUCCUGCUGCAUCCCGCAGCGAAGAUUGUGGAUUGCCAGGGCAAAAUCAUCGUCCCUGGUCUCAUCAACACGCACGCUCAUCUCGGCCAAUCCAUCCUGCGCGGCCUGGCAGAGGAUGUGCCGCUUCACUCUUGGCUGUGCGACUCGAUCUGGCCCCUCGAGGCCAACUAUGAGGGCGACGAUGGCUAUGUUGCCAGCCGGCUGACUAUGGCUGAGAUGUUGAAGAGUGGUACCACGUGCUUCCUGGAGGCCCUGCUCACCUAUCGGAGCGGGUUUGAGAAUGCUGCUCGAGCCGUGGAGGAAAUGGGAAUCCGAGCAUGCCUGGGGAAGCUCGUCAAGGUCGAAGAGACCAACAAAUUUGGACUGACCGACCCUAGAGACCGAGAUGUUUCUAGCAUGUCGAUAGGGGCCGCUCUCGCCGCCCAUGAGAAGUAUCACGGCUCUUGCGGCGGACGGCUUCAUGUCUGGAUGGCCGCCGGCACUCCUCGGGGCUCAGCCGAGUCGGCCCAUAAGGCCAUUGGAGAUGCCUGUUCCGAGCACAACAUGGGUCUCACCAUGCACUGCGCCGAAGCACCCAAGGAUCUGAUCAUCUAUCGAGAGAGUUACAACUGCAGCCCGGUCGAGUUCUGCUACCGCACGAAUCUGAUCGGCCAAGAUAGAAAGACCGUCCUCGCCCACAUGGUGAAUCUCGACCUCGGCAAGGACUUGGCCUUGUUACGUGAGACCGGGGCCACCGUUGCACACAACGCGAGCAGCAAUUGUAAGCUGGGCUCGGGGAUUGCUGCCGUGCCCGAAAUGCUGGAGGAGAAGAUCAACGUCAGUCUGGGGACCGACGGCGCCCCGUGUGCAAAUACGUACGACAUGAUUCAGGAGAUGCGGGUCUCGGCCCUCGUUCACAAAGGCUCCCGACAAGAUGCGGCGGCCAUCACGGCCGAACAAGUCCUGACCAUGGCUACCAUCAACGGGGCCAAAGCGCUGGGGCUCGAGAAGGAGAUUGGAAGUCUCGAAGUCGGCAAGCAGGCGGAUUUCGUGGUCAUCGAUCCGUCCGGUCUCCACUGUGCGCCUUUUGACCCACAGCAGGUGCUGGAGGGCGGGAUCGACCCUGUCACGGCUGUGGUCUUCUCGUGCUCGGGCGCCGAUGUAGACAAGGUGAUUGUCCAGGGGGAAGUCUUGGUAGAUGGCGGGAGGCUCGUCAAGUGUGACGAACAGCAGAUUAGAGAAGAGGCCCUGAGGACGAUCAGGAGGAUACGCAACAAAAGUCAGAUUCACAGCAAGCUCAAACGAAAUUAUCGUUGA